UUCUCAGCCGUUUCUCUUCACCUCUGCAUCCCUUUCCCCUUCGCAACACCUUCCUGCUCAUCUUCUUCUGUGCAGCCUCGCAACCUUCCUCCUCGUCCCCUUCGCAACCUUCCUCCUCGUCCUCUUCCGUGUAGCAGCUCUGCGAACUUGGUGGUCCUCAGUGGCACGCGGAUUAAGACCCGCAAACGGAAUAUUGCAGCACCGCUGGACACUGCAGCUUUUGCGGAUGCAGUGGUCCAGAUUUAUCUGGAUAAUGCUGGUGUUUUGCCGGAUGCACUGUCAGGACUUCCACCGGAAACGGUGUUCCAGCCAAUGCUCAAGGAUAAUCUUGUUGGCAAAGGGCUAGUCCUAUCGUUCAUUACUGACUUCUUUAAGGAGUAUUUGAUUGAUAAUAGCCUUGAUGAUUUGAUCUCCAUUCUGAAGCGGGGUAAAGUGGAAGACAAUCUUUUGGAAUUCUUCCCAUCCACAAAGAGAACUGAUGAGAGUUUCUCUGAGCAUUUCACUAAGGAAGGGCUACUCGCCUUAGUUGAAUACAACGAGAAGAAGAUUUUCGAUGUGAAGCUCAAGGAAAUGAAAUCUGCUUUAACAACCCAGAUAACAGAGGAAACAGAUAUGUCUGAAGUCAUUGAGACUGUGAAGCAGCGUGUCAAAGACGCCAAAUUGCCUGAUGUUGAAGUUGUGCGGAUUUUGUGGGAUGUUAUUAUGGAUGCUGUGCAGUGGUCCGGCAAGAACCAGCAGCAGAACGUUUUGCAAUUUUUCAACUGUAUUAAAUCAUCUAUUCUAUAUGGUGGUCUAGUGAAAGAACUUUGAGUUAGAAUCCCAACCUGCAUCCAUUUGAUUCGAGACCUAGUUAAAACUUCUUUUCUCUUUCUUUCAAUUUGUUAAUACACUCUAUCAAGGCCUUAAUCUGCUCACCAUGUUCCUCCCAAUUAUCAUGGAGGCAACCCAAAUAAUGCAUUAGAUGAUCAAUUUCCUCC